UUAUCAUCAAAGAAGAAGAAGCACCUAGGGCGAUAGCUCUUCCUGUAGUAGCAACAUGGCUAGCUGCUGUUCCCUGAAAGUAUUGACACUUUUCAGCCUGUUUAUUGUUCCUGGCGCGGUGGAAAGUAAUAAUAUUGAGGCUAAAGCUGGUCAAUUCUUCAGCAGUGGACACACAAACAACUGGGCAGUUUUGGUGUGCACAUCCAGAUUCUGGUUCAACUAUCGUCAUGUGGCCAACACACUAUCUGUGUACCGUAGUGUCAAGAGACUGGGCAUCCCAGACAGUCACAUAGUUUUGAUGCUGGCAGACGACAUGGCGUGUAACCAUAGAAACCCGAAGCCGGCCACGGUGUUCAGUCACAAGAACAUGGAGCUCAACGUGUACGGAGAUGACGUAGAGGUGGAUUACCGUGGUUACGAGGUGACUGUUGAGAACUUCCUUCGUGUGCUGACGGGAAGGCUGCCACCCAGCACGCCGCGGUCUAAACGCCUCCUCUCUGACGACCACAGCAACAUCCUCAUCUACCUCACUGGUACAAUGAGCUGCUGUUCAUCAUUGAUACUUGUCAGGGAGCCUCCAUGUAUGAGAGAUUUUACUCUCCUAACCUCAUGGCCCUGGCCUCCAGUCAAGUAGGAGAGGACUCCCUGUCGCACCAGCCAGACCUGGCUAUCGGGGUCCAUCUAAUGGACAGGUACACAUUCUACCUGUUGGAGUUUCUGGAGGAUAUUCACCCUGCUAGCACCGCUAACAUGAAUGAUCUGUUUAAGGUGUGUCCUAAGAGUCAGUGUGUGUCCACUCCGGGCCACCGUACAGACCUUUUCCUCCGGGACUCCGGAAACGUCCUCAUCACCGACUUCUUUGGCAGUGUCCGUAAAGUAGAGAUCACCAUGGAAACCAUCAACCUGACAGCUCCCAUGGUGCAUCUGGCUGUGGAAAGACCAGUAAGUGAGCUGAAGACAGAGAGCCAGUCAUAUGUGGACCAACUACCAGUGGCUGAGAUUAUACACCAGAAACCAAAGCAGAGGGACUGGCACCCUCCAGAUGGUUUCAUCCUGGGUUUGUGGACUCUCAUCCUCCUGGUCUUCUUCAAGACGUACGGCGCCAAGCACCUUAAGCACAUCUUCUAACCCCUGACCUUUGAAGCCCGACCUCUGACCCAUUUCUGCUCCUUGUGCAGUUUGCACUAGUUCCCUUGGCUUCCUAGAUUUAAAAGAGGACUGGUAUAGGACUCAUGGUGAAUACUCUAAAGCGCAGGCUUUCAUCCAUCCAAGUGCACAACUGCGCACUUCAGGAUAAAGGACAGGCAAUUGGGACGCGGUGUUGGCGAGCUCCCAAUCUUCUGGAUUACUAGAAGACUACAAAGACAUUAUUAACAGGGAAAGAAUGGCGCAGUCUUUUAGUGGUAAUUGCCUUUGUAGUCAUUCUAUUUCUAUGGUUAUUAACAUUAUCGAACGGGGCGAUCUGUGAUUGGUACAUCCAGUUUGUUAUUGUUUGAAGAGCAGAUUGCCCCUUUUUCUAACAUCAUAUUGUUUAUGUUUAAACUCUGAACUGUGUUGGAGAGAAUGUGGUGACACAACACUGACCUGCACAAAGACACACAUUGUUGUGCCUUUCUGGACAUAAACAGUACUCUGACUACUGUUACUGCUGGUGUUUAUUAUCCUGUGUUGGAGAGAAUGUGGUGACACAACACUGACCUGCACAAAGACACACAUUGUUGUGCCUUUCUGGACAUAAACAGUACUCUGACUACUGUUACUGCUGGUGUUUAUUAUCCUGGACAUAAACAGUACUCUGACUACUGUUACUGCUGGUGUUUAUUAUCCUGUGUUGGAGAGAAUGUGGUGACACAACACUGACCUGCACAAAGACACACAUUGUUGUGCCUUUCUGGACAUAAACAGUACUCUGACUACUGUUUACUGCUGGUGUUUAUUAUCCUGGGCAUAAACAGUACUCUGACUACUGAUUACUGCUGGUGUUAAUUAUCCUGGGCAUAAACAGUACUCUGAUUACUGCUGGUGUUAAUUAUCCUGGGCAUAAACAGUACUCUGACUACUGAUUACUGCUGGUGUUAAUUAUCCUGGGCAUAAACAGUACUCUGAUUACUGCUGGUGUUAAUUAUCCUGGGCAUAAACAGUACUCUGACUACUGAUUACUGCUGGUGUUAAUUAUCCUGGGCAUAAACAGUACUCUGACUACUGAUUACUGCUGGUGUUAAUUAUCCUGGACAUAAACAGUACUCUGACUACUGCUGGUGUUAAUUAUCCUGGGCAUAAACAGUACUCUGACUACUGAUUACUGCUGGUGUUAAUUAUCCUGGGCAUAAACAGUACUCUGACUACUGAUUACUGCUGGUGUUAAUUAUCCUGGGCAUAAACAGUACUCUGACUACUGAUUACUGCUGGUGUUAAUUAUCCUGGACAUAAACAGUACUCUGACUACUGCUGGUGUUAAUUAUCCUGGACAUAAACAGUACUCUGAUUACUGCUGGUGUUAAUUAUCCUGGGCAUAAACAGUACUCUGACUACUGAUUACUGCUGGUGUUUAUUAUCCUGGACAUAAACAGUACUCUGACUACUGAUUACUGCUGGUGUUUAUUAUCCUGGGCAUAAACAGUACUCUGACUACUGAUUACUGCUGGUGUUAAUUAUCCUGGACAUAAACAGUACUCUGACUACUGAUUACUGCUGGUGUUAAUUAUCCUGGGCAUAAACAGUACUCUGACUACUGAUUACUGCUGGUGUUAAUUAUCCUGGGCAUAAACAGUACUCUGAUUACUGCUGGUGUUAAUUCUGUAUUGUAUGGAAUCUGGUGAAUAGGGGUUUAGAGUUAAAACACAACUGAAGAUUAAAGGAUGGACGCAGCGAAUGCUGGAAGAAACAAUCCUAUGUUUGUUGUAUUUUAAUUUUUUAUUGUUGCAUGGUUUAGAAUUUAAAGAGGGAGAACGGAAAAGGAAAUUGAGGAUAAAAUGAAGGGUUAAAAAAAAUACUGGAAAGCAAUGGUCCUUCUCAGGAGAGCAGACGGAUGUGUUCUUUGAGAUGGUUGAUUGUCUUAUUUGAUGUCGUUUAAGGAAAUGUGUGUAUUCUUUUUUCCCUUGAUUUUGUGUCUGGCAGCAGAGCUGUCUUUUUCCCUCAUAUCUAUAAUUAAAUUGAUGGGACUGAAAGGCA